AUGCCCCCAAGGCCAUCAAAGCGCUCCAAGAACGAGGCCAAGGCCAAGGCCGCCGCCGUCGCCGUCAAGGCGCCGGCCGGCCCUCUCCCUCAGAGCCGCCUGUUCGCUCCUUUCCGUGCCCUCGGCUUCGUCUCCGACGACGUCCCCUUCUCCAUGUUCGUUCACACCCCGAAGGGUGCCCUCGCAAAGCCCACGAUCCACAUUGUCUCCAGCAUCGGCAGGAGCUGGCUCAUGUGGGAUGCUGAGAGGAUGACGCUGCUGUUUGCUGGUCCCGAUGCCGGCGCUCCCAUCACCAGCAUUGCUCAGACGGGAACCGAGGUGUUCGCCGCGGCUGGAUCCCGAGUGAUCAAGUACCUCCGUGGCAAGGAGACUGCUGUGUACGAUGUCCCAGACGGAGCCGCUGUUGGCAAGAUCCUCAUCUUCGGCGAGCAGCUGGUCGCGCUCAAGCUCGACGGCACUGGCUUGUUCGUUUGGAACAUUGCCUCGACAGAACUCGACAACGAGAUCCAGUUCCACUCGACAUUUACCGCGACGACGCUCAUGCACCCCGUCACAUACCUCAACAAGAUCCUCGUUGGCAGCAAGGAGGGCGAGCUUGCUCUGUGGAACAUCCGCACGGGCUCUCUUAUCCACACCUUCCCCUCGUUCACCCCUUCGGCCCCGUCCCCUGUCACGACGAUUGUCCAGUCUCCUGCAGUCGACGUCGUCGGUGUCGGCUACCUUGACGGUGCUAUCCGCGUCAUGGACAUUAGGGACGCCGAGCUGGUGAUGCAGAUGCGCAUGGACCAGGGCUCUAUCGAGGGGCUAUCUUUCCGCAUGGAUGGACCUCCCAUUCUGGCGUCGUCUUCAUCAACUGGCACACUCGCAAUCUGGGACCUGAGCAAGGGUGGACGAGUGCUGCACAUCGCUCGCAUGGCACACGAGCAGAGCGUAACCGGGUUGGAAUGGGUGCAGGGACAGCCGUUGUUGGUCAGCAGCAGUCCAGACAACAGUGUCAAGCAAUGGGCAUUUGACGCACCUACCAACGCACCACGACUGCUCAAGUUCCGCACUGGUCACCAUGCCCCUCCAUCUACCAUCCGCUACUAUGGUGAGGACGGCAAGCAGAUCUUGACGACUGGGCGUGACCGCGCACUACGAUACACCAGCGUUGUGCGUGACUCCCGGAGUCACGAGCUGUCGCAGGGAUCGCUCAUCAAGAAGGCCAUCGGCCUCGGCGUCUCGGCUGAUGAGCUCAAGUUCCCGCCCAUCAUCGCUCUCUCGAGCUCGUCCACCCGCUCCAAGGACUGGGAGGAUGUUCUCACCGCGCACGCCGAGGACUCGACCGCACGAACAUGGCGCGUUCAGGACAAGCGCCUGGGACAGUCCGAGUUCGAGCUGGAGGACGACGGCGCAGUGCAGGCGGUGUGUGUCACGGCCUGUGGCAACUUUGGAUUGGCCGGUUCCUCCACUGGCGAGAUCAGGAUGUGGAACAUGCAGUCCGGCAAGGAGCGCAAGUCAUUCGCGCUUUCUGGCCCCGCACCGGGCGACAGCAAGCCCAAGAUCAUUCAGCAGAGCAAGCCCAAGAAGGCCGUGACGAAGACGAUCAAGAAGAGCAUUGAGGCGGUCGUUGGCCUGGCGACGGACGCGUUGAAUACGACCGUUAUCGCCGGCACGCUUGAGGGCAAGCUGUACUUCUUCGACUUCCACACCACGCAGCUGCUCCACACUGUUCAGCUCGACUCGUCGAUCACGGCCAUCGACCUGAACCGCGACAGCGGUCUGCUGGCGGUGAUCUGCGACGACUUGGUUGUGCGCCUUAUCGACAUUGAGACCCGACGAGUGGUCCGUGAAUUGAGAGGGUUCCGCGGUCGUAUCCUCGACACGACGUUCACUCCCGAUUCGCGCUGGCUCAUUGCGACGUCGCUGGACUCGGUCAUCAGGACGUUUGACAUUCCCAGUGGAAAGUUGGUCGAUGCGUUCCGGUCAUCGUCGAUCGCGACAAGUGUGACCUUCUCGCCCACGGGUGACUUCCUCGCCACCGCUCAUGUAGACAGCUUGGGUGUGCAUCUCUGGGCCAACAAGGCGCAGUUCUCCGACGUCGCCUUGCGACACAUCCCCGAGGACGAGGACGUCCCAGAAGUGGCGCUGCCAACAGUCCAGGGUGUUGAUGACGAGGCCCUGGAAGGACUCGAGCCCGUCGGUGCACCAGAAUACACCGACAUCUACACCACACCCGACUUCCUCUCCGAAGGGCUGCUCACGCUCUCCCUCCUCCCGCGGUCAAGGUGGCAGACGCUGCUCAACCUCGAGACGAUCAAGGCACGCAACAAGCCCAAGGAGCCUGUCAAGGCGCCCGAGGCGGCACCCUUCUUCCUCCCGACAGUUUCUGGGCUGGAGCCGCGGUUCGACGUCUCAGCCGCACAGGCAGGCAGCGAGGACCCAUUCUCGGCCCGCCUGCCACCGUCGGCGUCCUUCCUCGAGAGCGAGUUCACACGGCGGCUCGCACGCGAGGACGAGGACGGCGACUACUCGGCCUUCUUCGAGUACAUGAAGGCGCUUUCCCCGUCCGCGGUCGACCUCGAGAUCCGCUCCCUCGUGUCUCUCGACCACCUGGCCGCCUUCCUCGCCGCGCUCAUCGGCCGCCUCCGCUCCCACCGCGACUUUGAGGCAGUUCAGGCCUUCAUGACCGUCUUCCUCUCGGUCCACGGCGACGUACUGAUCGCCAACCCCGAGCUCCGUGACCUCCUCGAGCGCCUCCAGGCCGAGCAGAAGAAGGAGUCGAACCGUCUCCUCGAGCUCAUCUCCUACUCGAUGGGCACGCUCUCCUUCCUCCGCGGCUAG